AUGAACGUGAACGACAAGAUAAUUGAACAACUUCUAUUAUUAUUAAAACCAUUUCAAGAUGUUAUUAAACUAAUUCAAGUUGGUAAUUCACCAUCUUUACAUAUGGUCUUAUUAUGUACUCAAACAUUGAGAGAUGUCUUGAAAUCUUAUGAAUCAUUAAUAAAUUAUAAUCAUGCUCGUGAUGAUCAUCAAUUAGAACAUUUAGAUGAAGCACAAGAUGAUAUAUUGGAACAAUUAGAAGGUAAAAGUAUCAAUAGAAAAUAG